AUUUAUGGCAGAUAUAUACGGUCAAUUCCUGUAAACACGGCAUUGUAAUAACAUUUCUGCUCGCGAUAAAGUACUGUAAUUGCAGAAGCAAGGUGAUCUUCCACUAAGGUAACUCAAGUAUGAUUGGUUGAUGUGAAAGUUUAGUAUAUGGGUGCUGUAGUUUGCGCUAGAAUUAUCGCGUGACUGACCUAACUCUAUACACAGCUGUGUGCCUGCAUGGGUGCGCUGUUUGUAUAAACUAUAGUGAUAUUGCUAAUUGAUUUUCAUUCGUUCGCAUUGUAUCUGCGUAAUUCAUUGGCAUAUGUAUGAGCAAUACCUUUUAGUGAAGGACUACAUAGAAAAGUGAUAUAAAAGGUAAUGGUUGACAUCUAAACCUCUGCAAGUAUAUAGUUGUGUACUUAGGGACGUGCAUUUUAUUUCUGCUUGAUUCAGCUAUACUUUAUACUACAUUUGUGCGAAACUUCGAUGUACUACUGUGUACAGGUAUAGUGUUGUGAUAUCUCAAAUGUAGUAGUCCAAUGUAUAGGUAGACAAGUAGUAUCUUUGACAGUAAGCCGCUGUGGUUCGUGUCUGAACCAUCUGGAAAGGCUACACUACACAAAUUCAUGUAAAUCAGACACCAACAUGCCAGCUUAAAACAGUGUUGUGCGCGUUUAUUUGAGCAGCUAUAAUUAUAAAGCUAACAGUUCGUACAAAAACGAGGCGUGACAAACUGCGCACACAAACAUUCAAAUAUUUAUGACUAUAAGGCUUUUACAAGUCAAAACAACCAGUAUAUUAAACUGUGUAAUACUAUAUAUCUGUAUAUAGAAGCGCAUACAAGCGAGCCAUACUCGUGCAUGCAAUAGAUAGGCCAAUAUGGGAACUCCUAUACCGGCUUUAUAGGUAUACGCAUCGAUCAUUUUUUUGCACUAUAUUGUAUAAACGAAGCAUAACCCAUAAUAUGCAUCCGAUACAUGAAUAUAUAGUUACUAUAUAGGGAGUGUUUGGUGCAUAUUAAAGUGCAUGCAUGUGUUUUUCACAUGUAAUUCCUGCAGUGUGCAGUUUUUCCCCCUAAAAUAACAAUGGACGUUUGCGAUGGCCUCUUGGGAGAAAAAUUUAGGACUGAUAUCCACACAAAGUUAGUUGUUCAGUUCAGAAACGCCAUAGGCAAGUUGCGGGGAAAAUGCUAAUCUGUAUACUGACACCCUAUAUAAAAAGCGCUUCUGUAAUUAUUAGUGACUGUAUGGAAGAAGCACUCGACAGUAUGCAGUUAACUUAAUUUGAUCCGCACCAAAAACAUGACCCUAUAUAGAUGCGUAUUAUUUGAGUAUCUUUAGGCAAAUAAACAUCCAUUUCAAGGAGAUCCAGUAGUUAUAGUAUUCUAAAAUAAACUGAUGUGGUUUGUGUGAACUAUUUGAGAUUGAUUUUAAAACAAAGCGAGGCUAAUUUUUCGUCCUGCAUAUCCGAGUGUUUUUUGUUUCGAGGGAACAGCUAAUGCGUCUAGAUGUAUCUAAGAACAAACUCCUUUCCCAGGAGUUUGGAAGUGUUACGUCAGAUUCCACCUAAAUGACUACGGUAGUCUAUACAACAAAUGCCUGUAUACUAAGUACAUAUAUCAAUAAUAGUUGCGCAUUUAAUACUUUGAACACGCUGCAAUGCAAGUCAUGAAUAGUAUACUAGUUUUACAGCAGUUUGUUGUUUAAGAAACAUCUGUUACAGUGAUAACCCUCUUGUGCGCAUUGCUGCUUAUUUACAUCACAUAUUUUGUUUGGGUGUAAUAUACUAUAGAUACUAUAGUUAUCGUAAAAUUGUUGCCACCUAAAUUUCUCCUGCAAAACGCAUAAAAAUUUUAAAAUUUCGACUGACACAGAAAAGGUCUAUAUAGAAACAGGAUUAUUUCUUUUCCCAAGUGGUCUAACGAUAUGACCAAAACUGCCUUUUUUCAAAGAAAACAAAGACUUUUGAGAGCGAUCAUGCAACUGUUGAGAAAUUACGAUUGUAAGCGCCAUUUUUCUCCGGUAAUUUAGCACGCUAUUUUAUUGGCUAUAGGGAAUCAUGAUAUCAAACACUUAUACUAAAGAAUUUCAAGACUUUUCAAGACUUUUCAAAGACCUUAAAGAUGUACAUUCUUGUAAUUCAAAGACUUUCAAGGAUUUCAAAAACUGCUGUAUGUUUAUGUAUAUAGGAACGAAAUCAUUCGUUUCAUAACACAGAUACAGAAUGGCCUGACAAUAAAAAUGUGAACCACCCAAGGGCCUAUACGAGUGAAUUUGUUUUUAUCACAUUCGAAACGAGUGAAUUUGUUUUUAUCACAUUCGAAACUAUAUAGAGAUUUAAAUAUAUUGAGAUUUGAAGAGUUCUCUCCAAAAUCGAAAGAAACAUAAAAGAAUUAUUUUCGUUCUGCAUACUUAAUUAGUCGACUCGAUUCGACCAUUCGUCUAACCAAUUUUCAAAAACAGAACAAUGACAGGAUGUGAUAAUUCCGAUUAAUUCGCGUGUUUAAGCACCAGAGGCACCAAUAUUGCUUCUUGGUUUUCAACAAACAGCCACGUAGGUAUGCACAUGUGACCAGCAAAAUUGCAAGAUAUUCAAAACCGUAAAUCUAACAUCUUCAACAUGUUUUGGCAUGAAAUAUGAUUGGACUGAUGCUGUGAGGCAUGACUAAGGAAUGUUAGAAUCGAUGACAUGUGUUUGUAUACGUAGUUUAGAAUGAAUACGUUUUGAAAAACUGCGCUUUCUGUACUUUACACAUUGAGUGUUUAGGUUGUAGCGGCUCAAGUACAAGGCAAUAAUCAUUGGAUUACCACUGACGUACAAAUAUAAACAGCAGUAAUCGCACCAUGGCAAUUGCAUGGUCUGAACACACACUGUCUGAAACUUAACCAGAUCUUUCCAUUAUGGGUAUAGAAUUUCUAGUCUGACAGGGUAAAAUGGGGGACUCCCUUGGGCUUGCCAUGAAACUUGCUUACUAAACAAAACCUUCAUACACUUGACCAGAUGUUUUCAUCAGAGAUAUAAAAUUUCAAGUUCAACCGGUCUGACAAUGUAUAAGUGGAAUAAUCCCUAAGAACAAAUUCGCUUACCAAACAAAAACUUCAAACACUAGUCCAAAGUUGUUUCAUUCAAAAUAUAAUACAUAUUUGAAUGCAGAGGUUUGUUAAAUUAUCUCCAAAGUCAUGGAAAGAAACAAGAAACAUAAAAGAAUUAUUUUCGUCCAAACAAAGAAGAACCAAAAAUCUUUCUGAGAACCAAUAAUCUUAACCAGAUUUUCGGAUGCCACCACAGACAUAGAAUUUCAGGUCCAACCUGUCUGAACUUUGACGAGAUCAUAUGGGAAAUUCCCGUAGAGUAAAUUUCGCUUACUACACAAAUUCAUCAUGCACUAUAUAAACUUAAAGUUUCUUUUUCUAUCGCAUUUGUAGACAAGUGCAAAGCAGUAGUGCAAGAUGCAUCGUUUACACAACUGGUGGACAUCGUGGUCCUUGAGUAUAUCGUUUGGAAGAAAAAAUUCAUCCUCAAAUGUCCCUUCGACGUCGAAUGGCAGUAACUUUAGCUCUGGAAGUGUUGUAUCUGCCCUAAAAGACAGCACUAAACUAACUAGCUCAAACACAAAGAAAGUAGUACGCUUUGCAGAAUAUAAUGGUCAAGUAGUUGCACAAGUUUUUGACAAUGGUGACAGGGACAAAACUAUCAAUGUGAAACAGCCCUUAGAAGAAUCCCUGGACGAAGUUUUCAUAAAAGACGGACGAAUAUCAGGACUUAUUAAAGUUAAACACUUAGAAUCAGGGAGACAAGUUUUAGUUCGCUAUACUGAAGACAACUGGAGAGGUUUUAGGCAAGUCGAAUCAAGGAGAGUUGAGGAAAUAAUGAAUUCAAAAGGCAAAAUUCAAAUAAAACGAGUUAAAGAAAGGAAUAGUAUAUUAUCGAGGCGACGAAAACAGGUUAAUCCAAAUGUUGAUUAUACGUAUUUGUUUGAAUUUUGCAUCGAUCAAGCUGAGGUACAUCAAGUUGAACUAGUUGUAAUCUCAAGUUUAAAUGAUGUGAUCGACACAAAUCAUAAACAGUGUUACCAGAUCAAGUGUUCUCGACUUGGUUGGGAAGCAAAUGGUACAGGGCCAAGCCCAAGAGACAUCUAUGACAGUAGCAAUUCCAGACAAUCAUAGAACAUCAAUGGUGAGUAAAGUAUUUAUGAAUUAUAUGAAGCACAUAUGGUAAAAACCUGUUUAAAUCAAUUCACUGGUUAAGACUUAAGUACCAUUAUGAACAAUCUGGGCCAGUGCAGAUAGUAAUUAGGGUUCUACUCAUACAACUACCUGAAAAAUACAAGGAGAACUUCGACGUAUUGAGCAAAGGCUCUUCAUCGAGAAGUUAGUAGUGGGGGUUGGGAAGAUUACAUGAGCUUUUAUACCAGUGAAUAUAAAAGUGAUCAUGUGACAAAAAAUAAACCAAUCAGAUGGAAUUAGUCAAAACAAAGUGUAAACAAAAAAAAGGUAAAAUAUUUGUGCAAAAUUGCAAAGCAUUGAAACUAAGUGGAUAAGUGGAUCACACACUUGAUAAGUUCAACAGAAGGCAUACAUCUACAAAGACAGAGUAGAUGCAAAAGCUUAUAAAAAUAAGAGGAUUUUUUCAGAUGGUUUGAACCGCCUAACCCUAAUAACAUAUACUGUCCACGUCAAAAGCAAUCCUGAUUUUUUCUGUGUUGGUGCAAUGUACUCAGGUGAAUAUGAUGCUUGUGAUGUUACUCUGAGUGUAUAUCCACACCGGGCAAGCUUGAAAAAUAUACCUGACCACGGUGGGAAUUGAACCUAUGACCUUUGGACGCAAUCCUAGUGGGGAUAUUGUGAAAUAUUUGGGGGGGGGGAUUAGGUUGCCAACAUAGGGCCACCUUUUGUAGCUGGAAAUUUUGGUUCUUUACAAAUGCCACAGCUUGGCAAGAUGUAUUCAUAUCAUGUCACCUUAAAUGUAUUGUAUUUGUGUAUUGUAAGCUUUGUAUGGAAUCUGUUGGAUUUUUGUCAUAUUAAUAAUAAAGGGUUUUUUUUCAGAUGCUUUUUUCAAACUGUAUUGACGCAAUUUGGAAAAGUUUGAAUGCAACUUUGACCAUUUGUUGUUCCGGUGAAAAGGUAGAGAUGAGAUUCAUAUGUAUGCAUAAUACAAUUUGUGCAGUAUAUAUGUACCAUAGAAACUUUGGCGAGUUGUUGUUUCCUAACAACAUUAGAUAACUGGAGACAGUUAUAUUUAAACAGUAGGUAUGUUUUGACUACAUUUUAGGUAGUUAUAUAUAUAUAUAUUGUAGUUAACUGUACAAUGAUAGGGAAAGGGAUAUAUUGCAAUAUGCCAUAUAUAUGUCAAACAGCAACCACAGUUAAAAGCUGUUUAAUAGCCUGUAAAGUGUAAUUGCAACUUUAUACUGACAAUUCCAUUAGAAAUAAGCAUAAGUGCUUGAAUUAAAGGUGUACUGUGUACAUAUUUUAAUUCUUGCACUUGCUAGCUGGUAAUAUAUAUGAAAAUUGAAAAGCAAAAUGAAAUUGAUCAUCAUCAAAAUAUAGCGCUACUCACAUCCGUGACAUCACCACGUGUUUACGCUUGUAUUUCUGAACCUGAAAGUUGCCUUAAAUCUUUUCCCAAUAACAGCUUUUUUUCUUGUCUAUUUUGCUUUGUUUACAUUUUGAGUACAUCAUCAAUUCUUCAGUGCAUUUUAUUUCACUAUUUAGCAGUAUUAGGCCUAUCGGAAAAAAAUUCAACCAAAAAUGUCUGUUUUCUAUGCCAAUUUCAAUGUCUUUUGGCCGCCAUGUUGUUUUCAAAUUUUGUCCAAAUUUAAAAUUACCGCUGACGGUAAAACAUGUUGCUCUGAUUGGUUCAUUGUGGAAAUAUGUUGCUUCUGAUUGUUUCAUAGGAUUUUGUUAUCUGCCGCAGAACUUUCUGAAAUUGCUAUUUUACUAACUUCAUCAGUUUGGCAUUUUCUAAUGAUUUCAUUCCAAAUGAAAUCAAGAAUUAUUUGGAAUGGUUAUUAGUGCUUUCUGUGACGAACAAAAACCUAAUGGGGCCAUGUACUUACACAAGUCAGUUUUUGUUACUCAAAUACAAAGUGAUGAAUUCUUGUGAAUAGAGCAACCUUUAAAAAAGGCUGUAGAAAGGCUAUUGUGCCUUGUAAACCAUGUAAAUAUAUCAAAUGGUGGGUUUCUGUAUAACGCUUUACCGGGUGGCAGAUGGUGGUAUAAACUUCAAAAAUAUUGAGACUGAUUGAGGCAAGAAAAUUCAACCGCAUCUCACAAGACACUGAUUUUUCAUUAACUACCCAUCAUCUGGUGCGCGAUAGUGCGAUCAUAAAAUGAAACCCACCUGUAAAGAGGCCACAUAUAUGGUCAAAACGCGUGGCAGUGCCACAAGGUUUCACUGAUCGUGAAAUAUAACGCAAAUUCCAUAGUGGACAUUAAGAUAAAUAUGUUGAGAAGUUUGUAAUUCAUGUGAAGCAAUGAAUUUGUGUUACGAUGUAAAGCUUCACGAAGAGCUUUAGCCUGUAAGGUCUGUUUUAUACGUCGAAUUUUGGUCGCCUCGAAUGCAAUUAAGACAAUAUAGAUAAUAAACCUCAUUAAGCUUCAUUAUCUAUUGUUUGAAUUGCAUUCGACGCGACCGAAAUUCGAUGUAUAAAACUGGCCUAAGUUGAAAAACUGGUCAUUUGUAAUAAACUGUUGACCAGAUGUAUUGGUAUGUUACUAUAUGUUAUGUACGGUUCUUAAUUUAUUGCAACUAGUGUAUAAUCAGUGUGGCUGAUCAGUUUCAUGUAAGAUGACCCCUGAAGUUUGAAUUCAGUGCACCUGGCUUCGGCUGUUAUUUAGUAUAUUUCUUUACCAUUUCGUUUGUGAUCUUACUUGAAAUUGACUCUCACAAGUUAUGUAACUUAUAUCCGUGGUUUUGGUAUUGUCUAUAGACGCAUUUGCAAAGCAAAGUAGUAGUUUUAAAAUUGACAACAAGCGUUGCGCUCAUUUUGACGAUAUAUAAAUUUGCAACAAAGGCCACUGAUCUAAAAUAAUAGACUGGAUUCUCCAACCAUUAGUAAUACAAUUAGCGAUAAUUGUAUUACCAAUAUUUUUCAUUCCUGCUUUAAUUAAUAGCAGACAACAUCAUUAUUUUGACAUAUACAGGCUUAUACAAUGAUCUUACAAGUUUAAACCGGUGUUUCUAGCAGUUAGGUAUCGUCAAGGUGGGCGGUCGCUAAUGCGUGUUGUAAUCCUUUUCCGGCAAACAUAAAACUAAUGCUAUUCCGAACUAAAACAAUUAUAUGUUUACCAAAUAUUCUGUAUUUCAUGAUCAUUUCGAGAAAAAACUUGAAUAUCUCCUAAACUCUGCAGAGUUCUCCCCAAGUCAAUGUGAGUAAAAUAUUCCUUUAACAACUCAUCUAUUUUAAAAACUAUAUAUUUCGAAUCUAUUUUGAUUUAUCUUCUUGUAUUACAGUUUUUAAAAUAGAUGUGUUGUUAAAAUGCAUACAUUUUUUCGGAAUAACACUAGUUUUAUGCGUGUGUUGUAAUUGGUAAAGUUGUUUCAAACAAUUAAAAUAGUACUAUAGUGUGUGACAACUUCUGUCAGGGAAGUAAAAACUGCAUUUAUUAAAAAAAAAGUUGAACAAAAACUGCUGUCUGUUUCAUUAUUUGUACCACUAAUGUAUCGAUCAAUUCGAAACUUCACCAUCCCCCCCCCCCCGGGCAUACCCCGGGAAUUUGACUUCAAGUCUUCUCCAGGGAGUAGGGAAUUUGACGUUUUAAGUCUUCCAUGUGGUGGGGCAUUUGAUAACGGGGUGGGGAAUUUGAACCGGAAGUCUUAAAAUGUUGCCCGUUUUCGCGUGCUUCCUGCAUGCACAGAAAAUACUUCGUAAUGGCGGCAAAUACAGUUUUCUCAGAUUUCGAGGGAAACGGCCUCAAUUUUGUGAAAAAACUGGCUCAAAGAAACGGGCAUGGAAAAUCUAUGUGUUUCAUUUGAAGGUAUGUACUACAUAACUGUGUAAAACUGUUAAAUUUCCACAAGGUAUCCAAACUGUUUACGCGAAUUUCGCUAUCUUGUCGAAAACAUUUCCGUAUAUUUUGUACUUUUUGUAUUUGCUGUUUCAUAAUUUUCAUAUGAAGGUGGGGCAUUUGAACGCUUAAUUUCUUGUUACAGUGGGGCAUUUGAAGACAUUUUUUGCACAGAGGGUG